AUGGCCCGGUUCUCGGUACCAACAAAGGCCAGGCUGCCGUCGUCGCUCCGCGUGGAUUCCUCAAACCCAGCCGUCAUAAAGAGCCUGAACCGGCUAUCCCGCGAAGCGCUCAUUUCCCUGGCCCUGAGCUGGCUCGACGGAGACACCAUAGCCAAUGCAGUGCCGUUUUUGGAGCGGAGAAGCGACGAAGAUGACAUCGACCCGGAUGAUGUGUACCCCCCGUGCGAAUCAGUCCAGCAGCUGUACGAGCUCUACGUCGACAUGCAGCAGCAAAAGGGGUCGAAGCGCGACGUAGCCAAUCGCAUAUUGGAGGGCGAUUGGAGGCACGGGCUGUCGCUGUAUCAGCUCGCCAUGGUCGACUUCUACCAUCUGGAAGAGCAUCCAAUGUCACAGAAAUGGACGGCUUAUAAGAUUCUCCCGCUCAAGCCGCCGACCAAGGGUGUCGAGGACGAAGUCCUUCGUGUCGAUGACAAGGCGCUGAGUGUUCCUCGAUUUCACCCCUCGACUUUCCUACAGAGCCUCCAGGACCAGGUCCUGCCGGAUAUCAAGGCUCACUACCAUUUUCAUCGCCCAAAGGACCUCCCCGUCCUGCUCUUACGUAUAUUCGUCAUAGAAUCUCCCUAUAACAGCAGUCUGGCUCUCUCCGGCGUCACCGGAAGCGGCACGGCCGCCAACUUCACUUCGUCUCGGACGGUGUACCUGGCCUUCCCGGAUGGGUCUUCCCACAUUUACAUCACCAAGUCUCAAGCCAAUGGCCCAGCCGCCGGCGGCGAAUCCAAGAGCCUCCAGAAUCUGAUCAUCCAGGGUGUACCAAAGGCAUUAUCCAGGCCGAGAGAGCGCUACACUCUCAAACCGACAAACCUUACCAGCCGAAACUUGGAGACGCUCCUGGAUAAAAGGGGCCCUGGGCGGGGAAACGCCGCAGGAGGUGGUUGGAGCAUUUAUGCCUCAGAACAGAACAGAAAGUCUCCCCUCGAUACCAUUCUCCCCAGUCCUCCGCUUUCCGACGACUCAUCUCUUUCUGAUAAGAGCCGAAAGAGGCUGAAACCACUCAACUCGGAUCAGCGGGCUGCCAAACGAGCCAAGCUCGUUGCUCAGGCACGGUUUGGCGACUCUGGUCUCGUCAAUGAUGGAAAGGGUGUUGAAAGGAUUGAUGUCCUGCUCGAAGACCCAUUUCCCACGCCUGUCGCUGCAGAAAAGCUAGGGUCGGGGAAGGACAAGGGCGAUGCUCCCGGCGAAGCAUCGGUCUCAGCUCGGAGAAGAACAAUUGAUGCCGCGCUCCGUCUAACCGGCGAUGACGAUGACGAGGAAGCGAAUGACCCCAAGAACCUUUCGCAAUGGAAACCAACUGUGCAAAUCACAUUGCAAGGGAAUCACGUCUUUGCCGGUAUCCGACAGCUCGUGGAAGCGGGCAUCAUAGAUGGCGAACGCAUGCCCGGCUGGAUGACAGGGGAGGAUGGCGUUACGUUGGGCAUUGUCAAGCAUGGACGGAUAAAGGGCAACAAGGGGUCUGGGCUGUGA